CGUAGAGUGUCGAUUAAGGCAGAAAACUUGCGUCAUUUUCUCAUUUGUCAUUCUCCAUCGACAGACAACAGGAGCUGAGGUCUGCGUCUCUCCCACAGAACCAACUGUGCCACGGAAUGGUACCCACUCCAUCGAAGCACAAGGCAUUGGCAUUGAAGAAGCUAUCAAGAAGCAGAACAUGGGACUGUGAAUCUGAAAUAUACAGUCACUUGCAAAAGAAGAAAAGGGUCCUCAAAAGUGGAACUGAAAAGUUCAACUACUUCAAUACCCUAUUGCAGGACUUCGUUGUAAAUGAUCCAAAAGGUGACCCCGAAUUGGUGCAAUUCAUGGAUGGUUUAUAUAACAUUGUUCACUCUGAGACGCUUCAUCUUCAGGACCCUAGCAUAGACAACAAUGCUGAAGAAAACACAGAUGGUGAUGAUGAUGAAGUUGUGAUGAUUGAUCCAGAUUGUAAGUAUUUCUGGGAUCAUUUUAGUCCUCAUGGAAACUCUUACGUACUUGAUAUUCCUGAGGAUGGUGUCUUUAUAAAGUAUGAGCCUGAAUUAUCAACUCCUAAGAGUACUACUGCUAUAUGCACAAUGGAUAAUACAAAUCAUGUUUCAAAUGAAGACGUCAAUGUGUGCUUAGACACAGAAUUGCAUGUGAAUCCUGGUGCAAACUAUAAGAGGCAUAAUGUUCUUAGCAGUGGUGUGAAGCGUAGGGGUAGGAAGCCAAAAGGUGCAAAACUCUCUGCUGCUAUGAAUGUUAAUGUUAAGAGUAGUGAUGUGACUUCAAAGGUAGAGAAACAUGCAUGUAACUUGAAGGGUAGGCGCAGGAAUCUGAGACUGAAAAUGCGUUCUAUGAAAACUGAUGCCCCAUCUAGCUUGCCUAAAGAUAGUGAUGAUGAAACACAAGAUAUAAUCGUGCAAAGCCAGAUCGUGGAACAUUUUUGGCAUGAACACAAUGAGGACAUUGCAAGGACACUUUUUAAAGAAAAACUCAUGGAAGAACUUAAGGUGCCUUACUGUGAGGAAGAGCACCAGAGGCUUUUAAAUGAAAUUACUGUUCGAAAGCGAGUCCAACACCAUAGAGACCUGCGUGGGCGAAUCAAAAUCUAUGAGAAAGAUCAUCUUGGAAUGUCUUUUCUUGAUUAUAGUCCUGAUCUUGCAGAGAAGAUAGAAAAGGCUAAUGGUGAUCAUCCCAGAGUUCUGAAUCUCCUGCGUGGAUUCUUCUAUUGGUUGAAAAAUUUAUCACAUGAAGGGGCAUUCAUGCCGUGGAAAGAUGAAUCUUGUUUGGAUAUGCUGCCACUACAAUUGGAAGGAUAGUUAUUGACAAGUUUGGCACAGAAAAAUGAAUCAUUCCAUUGAUGAUAGAGUAUGUUACAUAACAAUAGUAGGUACUAUAUCCUAACACCCCUCAAGCUGGAGUGUGUGGAAAGCACUCCCAGCUUGGCCAUGAAAGUGGGGAAAUGAUAAAGGAUCCAAAGGUUUAGUGAAAAAAUCUGCAAACUUAAUGGAAGAUGAGAGUGCUAGUAGUAAUAGGUGAAAUAGCUGAGCUUGUAGUUUCUCUACCUAGCAAUGUGGCAAUAUCAAUAAUAUGUACAUGCUUCGUUAUUUUGUGGAAAGCUUGGGUUUCAUGCAAUGUCUGGCUUGGUUUGGUUUGGUAUUAGGAACA